UAGAAAAAAAGAGAGAAUGUACUCCUGCCUAUUAUCCUGGGGGCACGUUGCCUGUUCAAUAAAUGUUACUGCGACUUCUUUCCUUCUCCAGUCCAGAUGCGAGCGCUUGGUGUAGAAAGCUAGUGAUAUUAUUUGCUGAUAAAUCUACACAGAGACAGUCUUGUCGACGGAAGGGGUGCGGCGAUCCCCGGAUUGGCUUUUAAUAACGCUCCUUUUGUGCAAAAUUUCACAAUAAUUAUGGCACUCGAUGGCUAUAAUUGGACCGCUGAUGACAAUUUUGAUGAUGAAAAUACCACCACGGAUGUCACUACGAGUGAAUCACCAGUUGAACUUCAUUCGUACAGUGUUCUGGUUUUUAUAGCUUGCGUAUGGAUCAUCGUAGCUGUUCUGGGCAUAAUAGGCAACAGUAUGGUUAUUCUUGCUGCUGUUCUAAGCAAGCAUGUCCGAUCCACUACCAACGUUCUGGUGGUCAAUCUCAGCGUGGCUGAUCUGUGGACCUGUUUGUCCCUACCUUGGAGUAGCGUGGCAAUGCUGGUUAAUGGCCCUUGGCCCUUGGCCUCUGAGUUCCCUUGUCAAGUGGCGGCGUUCAUGUGGCACACCGGUCUUGGUGCUAGCCUGUACAACUUGGCUUUAAUAUCACUGAACCGUCUGGUACGGAUAACCCGCCCCUUGGCUACCUACAACAUGAUUUUCUCUCCCCGCAAGAUGGUCUUUAUCGUGGCCAUAUCCUGGCUUAUUCCCAUCUUCGUCAUUGUCUUUCCGCUCACAAUCGGUGUGGGUGCUUUGGGUCAUGAUCUCUUGCACGACACGUGUACAGACGAUGAUCUGCAUCCCCGUGCUAACAGUUACAACCUUGCCCAGACCAUCGGAUUCUAUCCUAUCCCCAUGACCACUGUCGUCGUCAGCUAUGUGGUCAUCUAUGUCCAUGUCAGACGACAUUUCAGAAAACGGCUCUCCAAGAAGACCAAAGCAACAACUUCGAGCACCGACAUCACUGAGGCCAGCGGGACUAGCGUAACAUCUUUGUCAAAUACUUCUAGUACAGAUGUCAUCGAGGAGCAGGAAAAAUGCAAACAAAGUAAACGGAAAAUCAGUCGUCAGCAGCUUCAGAUCACCAAGAAUCUGUUCUUCGUCUUCUGUGCAUUCACUCUUUGUAUCUCGCCAUACUUCAUCUCACUUUUCAUUCCAACCAGUGAGAAGUUUGCCCUAUUCGGAGCCACCAUCUUAAUCUUCAACAGCGUCGUCAACCCGAUCAUCUACGCAGCCAAACACCCUCAGUUCAAGAAGGUACUGCGACCGAUGUUACGAUGCAAGUUGGAUAAAAUACCAGAGCCAUCUAAGACGCUGCGAGCGAUUCAAUCUGUGCGUCAUAGGGAGGACAAAAUGUAAACUUGCGCAUGAUGGUUAACACCACGAACUUACAAAAAAGCUUCUCUGCGUGGAACUUCCAUUUUAACUUACCAUAUUACUUACUUAUAUUUUAUGAGCAAAACUUAGAGAAAUGCCUUUAACCAGUCAUAAGAGUGUCUGAUUGCCAAAUUGUGAGUUUGAAUCGAUUUAGAGACACAGUGUAACUCAAAGAUAGGAUUUCUAAAAACAAGGAAAAAGCCAGAAGUGCAUGAUAUAAAAUCGUUGCUUCCAUUUUGAUAUUAUGCAGGAGUAACACAAAGAUAUAGAAAUUCAACUAAGCCUCAUAAUUUUUCAAUUUCUUGAGCAAUCGUAUAUAUAGUCUGUGUAAUGUUAUUCUCGAUAUAUGCUCAAUGUGCGCAUAUCUAUAUGUAUUUUGUUCCUUUGAUGUAUUAAUGUUGGCGUUUUAUUAUCUUUCAUUAGCAUUACUCACUUCCUGUGUAGUUUGAUGUCAACUUCGCAUACCCAGUGUGGACCUGUGAACAAUAAAAAGAGCUCCACAUAACACAGGUUGCGCGAACCUUGUGUGGAUUAAGCCAGGUCCACGCAAGGGUAAAAUUACCCCCAGCUGGAAAACAGUUGUAGAGCCGACAACACGAUUAAGGGUGUGUCCGCACAAAGUAGAUAUACCGGAGAACAUUAAUUUUUGUGUGUUAAUGUGUUGAUUGGUGGUUUUUAAAAGGUACUU